UAAUCCACAAAAUUUCCCACAAAGUUUGACUAAUAAAACCCAACAACACGAUUGUCAAGAAAACCAGAAGGACUAAUAUAUUAGGCUACUGAAAACCCGGUAACUUUUGGUUCCAAUUACUAAAAUGACCUUGAACUCGGAGUCGCCGUCAACGAGCAACCGAGACUGGUUUUUCCCUUCACAAUCGUUCAACGUUCCCCGAAGUCCGGCCCGGAGAUUCUCUUCUCCUUACCCUCGAACGACGACAUCCUUUCAGAAUUCUUCUUCAAAUUUUACUUCUCCUCUGGCUGUACCCCGAACUCUACGACGCCGUAUUAGCCACCGCCACCGGAUUCAGAACUCUGCUGGUGCUACUACAGAUGAAAUCGGCGGAAAGUCAAACGAUGCCGUUCUCAUCCAGUCAGAGGAAUGUCCAAGCUCCGGGAAUAAAACGACAACGUCGGCUCAUAAGAAAUGUACCGACUUUGUUCGUUGGCGAAUGGCGUGCGUUAUUGCAAUGGUGGUGAUGUGCUUUACAUCUCUUCUACACAAAAACUUUUCUUUGCAAUUUCAAGUUAGUGAUUUGCAGGAUGAAUUUUCAACGCUCAAUGCCAGAUUGAGACACUGCAACAUUUCAGAUUCUAUUGGCAUUAUUGACUCAACGCCAGAACAUAAUAGUUCCAGUGCAAGUUUGAAAAAUACGGCAUUGAUUCUCUCACUCAUGAUGUUUUCCCUUCCUCUUGUUUUUAUUAAAUAUAUGGAGUAUAUCUCCAACCUUAGAAGACCGCUGGACAAUACGACGGAGGAAUUAUCUCUGAACAAGCGGCUAGCUUACCGGGUGGAUGUAUUCUUAUCAUUUCAUCCUUAUGCUAAACCACUAACCUUGUUAAUUGCCACUUUGCUCCUGAUUUCUCUUGGUGGCUUAGCACUUUUUGGCGUGACAGAUGAUAGCAUAGCAAACUGCCUUUGGUUAUCAUGGACAUAUGUUGCAAAUUCAGGAAAUCAUACUAAUUCUGAGGGCAUUGGGCCUCGUCUAGUGUCAGUUUCUGUUAGUUUCGGUGGAAUGCUGAUAUUUGCCAUGAUGCUUGGACUAGUUUCUGAUGCAAUCUCAGAGAAAUUUGACUCACUCAGGAAGGGAAGAAGUGAAGUAGUUGAGCAGAAUCACACACUUAUACUUGGUUGGAGUGAUAAGCUGGGAUCAUUGCUGAAUCAACUCGCAAUAGCUAAUGAGAGUUUGGGGGGUGGAACAGUUGUAGUCAUGGCUGAGCGAGACAAAGAAGAGAUGGAACUUGAUAUUGCUAAAAUGGAGUUUGAUUUUAGAGGAACUUCUGUCAUAUGUAGAAGUGGAAGCCCCUUGAUUCUGGCUGACCUGAAAAAGGUGUCCGUCUCUAAGGCUCGUGCAAUAGUUGUCCUUGCUGAAGAUGGGAAUGCUGACCAGAGUGAUGCCCGUGCUCUGAGGACAGUUUUAAGCCUGACAGGAGUAAAGGAAGGUCUUCGGGGGCACAUAGUGGUUGAACUCAGUGAUCUAGAUAAUGAGGUUCUUGUGAAACUUGUUGGUGGAGAUCUUGUUGAAACUGUGGUGGCUCAUGACGUAAUUGGGCGAUUAAUGAUCCAAUGUGCUCGACAGCCAGGCCUUGCACAGAUAUGGGAAGACAUCCUUGGAUUUGAGAAUUGCGAGUUCUACAUCAAGAAAUGGCCACAGUUUCAUGGCAUGCAAUUUGAAGAAGUCCUAAUCAGUUUUCCUGAUGCUAUUCCUUGUGGCAUCAAGGUGGCAUCAUCAGGUGGAAAAAUAAUACUGAAUCCCGAUGAUUCCUAUCUGUUGCAAGAAGGAGAUGAGGUCCUUGUUAUUGCUGAGGAUGAUGACUCAUAUGCUCCAGCACCACUGCCUAUGGUCAAAGAAGCAUCUUUGAUGCACAUUGUCCGACCAACAAGAAAGCCACAGAAGAUCCUACUUACCGGAUGGAGACGAGACAUUGAUGAUAUGAUUGUGGUUCAGGGAGGAAACUUGCCAAAGAACUUAAUUAUUCCAAAGACUACAGAACGGAUUCUGUUUUGUGGUUGGCGACGAGAUAUGGAGGAUAUGAUACUGGUAUUGGAUGCCUUCUUAGCUCAUGGGUCAGAGUUGUGGAUGUUCAAUGAAGUUUGCGAGAAGGAAAGAGAAAAGAAGCUUACAGAUGGUGGCCUAGAUAUUAGCCGGCUGGCAAACAUAAUACUGGUAAACCGCGAGGGUAAUGCUGUGAUACGACGACAUCUAGAAAGUCUUCCCUUAGAAUCAUUUGGCUCGAUCUUAAUUUUGGCUGAUGAGUCAGUGGAAGAUUCCGCAAUUCAGGCUGAUUCCAGAUCACUUGCCACAUUACUGUUAAUACGAGACAUUCAGGCAAAACGCCUUCCAUAUAGAGAAGCUAUGGCUUCCAAAAUUCACAGGGGUAGCUCCUCCCAAGGCUCCUGGAGAGAGGAGAUGCAGCAGGCUUCAGAUAAGUCAGUUAUAAUCAGUGAAAUUUUGGACCCAAGGACUAAAAACCUCUUGUCUAUGUCAAAGAUAAGUGACUAUGUUUUGUCAAAUGAGCUUGUUAGCAUGGCAUUGGCCAUGGUGGCAGAGGACCGUCAAAUAAAUGAUGUUUUGGAAGAACUUUUCGCUGAAGAGGGAAAUGAGUUGCAAAUAAGAGGGGCAGAUCUCUACCUUUGUGAGGGUGAGGAGUUGAGUUUUUACGAAGUGCUCCUACGUGCGCGACAAAGAAGAGAGAUUGUGAUUGGUUACCGUCUUGCUAAUGCAGAAAAAGCUAUCAUCAAUCCCCCGGCUAAAACAGAGAGAAGAAGGUGGUCAGUUAAGGAUGUUUUUGUUAUAAUAGCUGACAAGGAAUAAAAUAUACCAACAGUGAAAUCCUUUUAGCCACCUGAAUUUCUCGCGUAUCACUGGUAAUGCAAGGUGCUGUAAGAUCUUGUCAGUCACAUCUCAAAUAAAUGAGCUAUGGAUGGAGAUGAUAGAGCACCGAGUAUAACGAUGACAUUUUGGUUCAGGAACCAUAGCGUUACACAAUCAACCAAUUUGUUGCCUCAUCAGCUCUUGUUAUUCGUUCACGGAGUGUACUAGGAUAAUUGGCUGAACAUAAUUGGUUACAGUUUUCUCUAAAUGCCAUACGCACUAGACUCUUCCCUCUCACGGAAAGGUGUAACAAUGUCUCUAUAACAAUGCCAAUUCUGUUGUAUAUCAAGCCUUCAAUGUGUUGUACCACUACACUAACUGUGUCGGCACAAAUAUUUAUGUUAGAACUUCGAUCUAUAAUGCAGAAAGGUAUCCAUCAAAUUCUUGGGCUGUGUUUCGACAUCUUUUAUUUUAUAAUUUUGUUUUGACUAGACAUGUCAUUCAAGUGUGUCUAAGUUAGUGCAUGGACUUAGGCAAGUCAGCUAGGCAAGGUGUCUUGGGUGAUGGCAAGGCAGCUUUGAUUGUGGGCAACAACUAUGGCAAAUGAAGGCGCAUGGCACUUGACUAAGGCAUGCGUGCGGAUCAGUGGGACGACAAAGUUUAUGACAAGAUAUGGUCAUGAGCUUAUGGGUGAGGCAUGGUCCAAAGACAAGGUAAGGCAGGAAGGCAAAGUGUGGACAAAAGCUGUGAAACAAGUGUGCAAUUCAUGUGACUGUGAAGCAGUGUGUUGUGCAUGUGAUGUGGAAGUUUAGCCAUGUGUAACGCACAUGUUGUAGUUGGCCAAAGUGCUGAAGAGGGAUUCAUUUCGUGGGAAGUUUGAAUUCAAUUUAUGGCUAAGGCUUUAUGCUUGUUUUUAGGCUUAGCAUGUGUAAGGCACAUUGUAUGACUACCCCUUGUAAUCUGCCAUUGGCAGCCCUCUUUUAUGUGUUGUAUUUCGUUGGCUAAGGCAAGUAGCAUAUGUGAGCCUUCCAACUGAGUGUCCUUUGUAUAUUCUGCGAGAAUAGAAUAAAGGUUGGGUUUUUACCCGUAUUACUGUA